AUGGCAACUCCCAUGGUGGUGGCAUCUCCCACGGUGGUGGCAUCUCCCAUGGUGGCAUCUCCCAUGGGGGCCACCUUCAAGAUGGGGGUGAUGGGUCCUUGGACCUGCGACCCCGUCCUCGCCCGCGCUUUGCCCGAGGUGGCAUCUCGCUUGGCUGUCACCCGUCUCAACCGCGACCCAACCCUCAACGAAGGCUACUGGUGGGACGCGGUGGUGUUGACCGAGGCGUGUCGGACCCCCCAGGCCGUGACGGGGCUCCUCAACGUUGAACGUUACGCCACCGGUCUGGUGGGACCUCUCAACCCGGCCACCUGCGGGGCUGCCGGGCUCCUGGCCACCGCUUGGAACAAACCCAUGGUCUCCUGGGCUUGCUUGGGUGACGUCGAAGGGUUGGACACCUUGGUCAGUCCCAUGCCGGAACCGGCCGGGGUGCUCCACGCUCUCCUCCGCUUCUUCCGCUGGGCCCACGUGGCCGUGGUCUCCGCCCCACAGGACCUCUGGCGGGAGGUGGGGCAGGGCUUGGCCCAGGACCUCCGGGCUCGAGGGCUGCCCGUCACCGUUGCCCAGGGAGCUCCAGCAGGCACCCGGUGGUGGAGCUGGAUGGGGUGGUCCCCGCCGUGCCUCACCCAUCGCCAUCCCCCCGCAGUGGUGGUCAUGUGCAUGCACUCGGCGCUGCUGGGCGGCGAGGAGCAACGGGUCCUCCUGGAGAAGGCCGAGGACAUGGGCAUGACCGACGGCACCUACGUCUUCAUCCCCUACGACGCCCUCGCCUUCCCCCUGCCCUACCACCACGCGCCCUACCCCGUCCUGGCCAACAACACCAAGCUGCGCCUGGCCUACGACGCGGUCCUCACCGUCACCGUCGACUCGCCCGACGUCACCUUCCACGAGGCCCUGCAGCAGGCCAAGGAGGCCUACGAGAUCCCCGCGCACGUCGACCCCACACAGGUCCACCCCCUCUUCGCCACCAUCUACAACUCCAUCCACUUCUUGGCCAAGGCGGUGGAGGCCACGCGGCGAAGCGGCCGUUGGGUGAUGGGCACCAGCGUGGCCGAACAUGCCCGCGACUUCAACCUGGAGGGCUUCUGCCAGCCCAUCUCCGUCACCGAGGACGGGGACGUCAACGUCCCCUACGUGGUGCUGGACACGGACGGCAAAGGCGACCGGUUGUGGCCGGUCUACGGGUUGGAGCCGGGCACGCGGGGGCUGAGCUACCGCGGUCACAGCGUCCACUGGCCCCACAGCUCCAGUCCCGCCACCGACGCCGGCUGCUGGUUUGAGUCAGGUUCCAUCUGCCACGGAGGGGUGGACGCCAGCUUCGUCCUCCUCACGUUUGCCCUCAUCUCUGCCCUCAUCGCGGCAGGGGCUGCCCUCGCCUGCUUCAGCAGGCGCCGCAUCCAGCAGGCCCAGCUGAUGAAGGGACCCAAUAAGAUCAUCCUCACCAUGGAGGACCUGACCUUCAUCAACAUCCAGAGCAGCAAGCGGGUGGACGGCAGCCGUACCAGCCUGGCCGGCCGUAGCGGGGGGGGCACCAAGAGGAUGAGGGUUCUCCAGUGGCUUCCAGUAGGGCUGUGCGUUGGGGUGAGGGAGGAGGACGAGGCGUGUGUGGCCCCCGCCGGUGUCCCCGAGGCCUUGGAGUGGUCCUCAGACCUCUCCUCCUCUGCCCCCCACCAGGGCGACUGGGUCUGGCUGAAGAAGUUCCCCGGGGACCAGCACAGCGAGGUGAAACCGGCCACCAAGCUGGCCUUCUGCAAGCUCCGUGACCUACGUCACGAGAACGUCAACCUCUUCCUGGGCUUCUUCCACGACUGCGGCAUCUUCGCCAUCGUCUCGGUGCACUGCUCCCGCGGCAGCCUGGAGGACCUCCUGCGCAACGAGGACAUGAAGCUCGACUGGAUGUUCAAGUCCUCCCUCCUCAUCGACCUCAUCAAGGUGACGGGCGAGGGCGGUGGGGGCCACGGGGGAGAGGAGGUGGCUGGGGUGGUGGUGGUGACCAUGGAGGUGGUGGCCACGGUGGUUCUGGUGUCUGUGGUGGUGGUGGUGGCCAUGGUGGCAGUGGCUAUAGCAGUAGGUGUGGUGGUGGCUGUGCUGGUGGUGGUGGUGGCCCUGGUGGUGGCUCUUCUGGUUGCCACGGUGGUGGUGAUGGCCGUGGUGGUAACCUUGAUGGUGACCGUGGUGGCCAUCGUGGUGGUGGCCAUGAUGGUGGUUGCCUUCGCAGUAGCCAUGGUGGUGGCCGUGAUGGUGGUGGCCGUGAAGGUUGUAGCCAUGGUGAUGGCCAUGAUGGUGUUGGCCAUGGCGGUGGUGGCCUUGGCAGUAGCCAUGGUGAUGGCCAUGAAGGUUAUGGCCAUGAAGGAGCCAUGGUGGUGGCCAUGGUGA